UAUAACUUCUUGCCGGCCUUUCUGAUCAUCUUCAAACCUCAACUUUCUUAACUACCUUUCAAAAUGGCAAAGGUUCAUCCUCAAGCAUCCGUUUCAGAUCCCUGCAGUAUGGGUUCUGCAGGAAGAGAAACGUUCACUAUAUGGAUGAAAUCUCUUGUAUGUCACACCAAUGGUUGCACCGUUUUUGAUUCAGAAGGGGAGAUUGUCUAUCGUGUUGAAAACUAUGACAGCAGGGGUAGCAGUGAAGUUCAUCUCAUGGACCUGCGAGGCAAAGUUCUCUUCACCAUACUAAAAAAGAAACUUCAACUUCUUGGACGUUGGAAUGGCUAUAGAGGGAACUUUACUGGCACAAAGAAGGAAAAGCCAUGCUUUCAAGUUAAGAAAUACUGGAGGAUUCUCCGGAGAGAUUUAGCUUGUCAAGUGACGAUGGGCUUGAACAAGUACUGGAUAGUUAGCUUAGGUCGCAACAAACAAGGAUUUAAGAUAGUAAACAUGGCAGGAGAUAUUGUAGCAGAGGUGAAGCGGAAGCAAUUAUCUUCCGGGAUGGUGUUAGGAGAUGAUGUAUUAACUUUGGAGGUAGAACCUUAUAUUGAUCAUUCACUAAUCGUUGCUCUUGUGACCGUUUAUGGGUUGAUAAACAAGAGAUUGUAGAUCGAUAAUUCCAAGCAUAAAUUUUCGAGAAAGCAACUAAGCAAGUGAAGCAUGUAUACACGUAUACAAUGUAGGCAUACUCCAGCUAUAUACAAGUGUGUAUAUAUAUAUAUAUAUAUAUAUAUAUAUAUGAACCUUCAGGUAGAAUAAGUUCGAUAUAAAUAUAUAUAGAACAAGAUAUACAGUAUCUCUGCUGAUCUCGAAGAAUAUAUCCCAAAUCAAAGGGGAAAAUAAUGCAUGUGGUUGAUGCAAUUAAACAAAAAAAAACCCUGCAAUGAGAUUCAAGAGAUCUAUAAGGCGUGAUCAGCACAAUCACUCUGACAAACCUGACAUAUGUACUUC